AAUAUGGCGGAUUCAACUCUCGUCUUUCGUCUUUCAAAAAUCUUAAUUGACGAUAUAUUUUCUUAUUUGGAACAACAGAAUGUUAUGUGUUAGGAUUGUAGAUGCAGAUUUUUACGUGGGAAAACCUAUAGAUGGCUUAGAUAUUUUGUUUUCUAAAUUUCGCGAGGCGAAUGUUAACCGUGUUCCAGUUUUGAGGAUAUUUGGCUCAACUCCUGGUGGACAGAAAACUUGUGUUCAUAUUCAUCAAGUAUUUCCUUACUUAUACAUACCUUACGAUGGAACUAAACCCACAGAUAAAUAUCUGAAACAAUUUACGACAAGUGUAGACUUUGCUGUUCAAGUUGCGUUUGGUAGAACAUCAUCUUCUAUGAAAUAUGUUCAUAAAACUGAAAUUGUUAAAAAAAUACCAUUUUAUGGUUAUCAUGAGAACGAAGAAGAGUUUAUUAAGAUGGAGUUGUACAAUCCAAGAAUAAUUCCCAAACUUGUUGAUCUUCUUCAGAAUGGAGCUAUAUUGAACAAGUCAUUUCAACCACACGAAGCUCAUGUUCCUUAUAUUCUACAGUUUCUAAUUGAUUACAAUCUUUAUGGUAUGAACUUACUUCAUGUAAGAAAAGUUCAUUUUAGAGGAAUUUCUUCAAAAACAGAUAAAAAUCUUUCAUAUAAUAAUAAAUCAAUUCCACUUCAUGGUUCAUCUCCAAAUUCAUUUCUCAAUUUUCCUUCAUCUCAACACUGGAAUGAAGACACUAUUCCUAGAAAUUUAUGCCUGGAUCCUACUGUUAAAAAAGUCAGUCGUUGUGAACUUGAAGUUGAUGUAAUUGCUGAAGUCAUCUUGAAUCAAAUAAAUGUUGAAAGUUGUAUUGGUCAUAAUCCUGGUAUAACUGCUAUGUGGGAAGAUGAAAGACAACAAAGACGAGAUAUUGGACUAUCUUCACAAGUUGCUCUUACUGUUUCACAAGGUAGUGAUGAUGAACAUGAUGAAGAUAUUGAUGAAGAUAAAGAAUCAAUAUUAAUGUUACAGCCAUUUUGGAAAGAUGAUGAAGAGGAACAUGAUUCCCAAAGGUAA